UUAACUUUGAGGUUCCUGCCACCCAAAAAACUACAAAUUUGCUGACUGCUUUACUGUACACGUUACUUCCCCUUCUCCCCAUUCGUUAUAAAGAUGGAAGUCGAUGCGAACGCUUUCAUACGAAUUCUGCAAAGAUGGCAGAUCAGCAAAAGCGAUGCCGAAGUUUUGUCCGAGGCGGGGCCGGAUGUAUGGGGAGGGCCGGGGUGGGCACGGCCCACCCAGACGUGAGUCGUGCCCACCCAAUCAAAAUGUCGGUGUUCUGUUAUGCAUAAAAGAUUGAUGGGUUUUGUGAUUGAAUACAUGAUUUUUAAUUGCUUUUACGUCUAAUUGGCAUCAUCUAGUGGACGCCAUAAUUUACUGCAUCUCAUGCGCACUUUAUUUGAAAGAAACUGCAACACGGAAGUGACUUGUUCGGUAGAGAACCACACGACGACGGCCGCAGUCAGUCAUCGCCGCUAAAAUAAGCGAGAGAAGAUGGACACCAAAGAGGCAACGAGCGACGCAGUAAGCCUUCUGUCAUGGGAGCAAGUGAGCCGCCUGGACGAAGUCUUAAGUGAGGUGGUGCCCGUCCACGGUCGUGGCAACUUCCCUACGUUGGAGGUGCGCUUGAAGGACAUUGUGGCUCGGGUGCGCUCCAGCCUAGCCCUGAGUGGCAUCCGUGUAAAAGACGUACGCCUGAACGGCUCGACGGCAAGCCACGUGCUGGUGCAGGACCUGGGCUGGAGCUACAAGGACCUUGACGUCAUCUUCAGGGUGGACCUUCCACACGAGUCAGAAUUUCGACUGAUCCGCGACGUGGUGCUGGGUACCCUGCUGGACUUCCUGCCUGAGGGUGUCAAUAAAGAGAAAAUCACACCCGUGACUUUGAAAGAGGCUUACGUGCAGAAGCUGGUCAAGGUCAAUACGGAGCAGGACCGCUGGAGCCUCAUCUCUCUGUCCAAUAACAACGGCCGCAACGUGGAGCUCAAGUUUGUCGACUCCAUCCGCCGGCAGUUUGAGUUCAGCGUGGACUCCUUCCAGAUCAUCCUGGACUCCGUGUUGGCUUUUUAUGAAGCGGACGCUGCUGCGUCAAUGUCACCCGAGCGCCACCCGGCAGUGAGCGGCGAGAGCGUCUAUGGAGACUUCCACGUGGCGCUGGGCCACCUGCGUGACAAGCUUAUCGCCACCAAGCGGCCGGAGGAGAUCCGCGGCGGCGGUCUGCUCAAGUACUGCAACCUUCUGGUGCGUGACUUUCGGCCCGCCAGCGAAGAAGAGUUCAGGGGACUGGAGCGCUACAUGUGCUCACGAUUCUUCAUCGACUUCCCGGACAUCGGCGAGCAGCAGCGCAAAGUAGAGGCGUACCUCCAGAGCCACUUCGUGGGCGAGGAGGCCAGCAAGUACGAUUACCUCAUGAUCUUGCGCCGUGUGGUCAACGAGAGCACAGUUUGCCUCAUGGGCCACGAGCGGCGCCAGACGCUGCACCUCAUCUCGCUCAUGGCCUUCCGCGUACUUGCCGAGCAGAACGCCAUACCUGAUGCCUCCUGCGUCACCUGCUAUUAUCAGCCGGCGCCUUACGUGCGCGAUCACAACUUCAGCAACUACUACGUGGCGAACCAGAAUAUUCCCACGUGGCUGCCGUGCAACUGACUGAGUGAAGGGAGGUCCGAGGGGCACACGCAAUAAACGGAAGGUCACAACUUUUGAAGAGUUUUGGAGGAAACCUUUCUUGUUCCUUUUCUUCCGAUGCAACAAUCUGAUAUUUUUAAGUGUUAUCUCCACUUGCUUUCUUUCUGCCCACCAUCAAAGAGUUAAAGGGCAAUUAAGGGCUGUUGGACAAUAAGCUUUAAAAUUUGAAUUUGGUUUUUCUCCCUCCUUACUGGAAUUACAAAAAAAAAAAUUAAAACGUGGGGAAAAUGUAUUUAAAAAAAAAAAAAAAAGGUAUCUAUAGGAAAGUAAAACUGGUGGCCAAAAAGAGAAAGUGGUUCUGGUAUGUUUCGAGGAGUCAAUUUUCUUUUAAUUUAGUUUGGACUUUAACUCUUAAGGACUGCCAAAAGUGCCUGUAAAAAAACUGAUUCCAGUAUAAUCAGAGAAAGUUGUGGGAGUGGGUUCGUCCGGGCCGGUCCUGAAGGACUUGAACAUGUUCACGUGACCACGUGCCAAUUUUUAAAGCGGGGGCAAGCCAAUUUAGCCACAUUUUUAAGGCAUGUCGGAAAAACUGCUAAUUGUGCCGAGGCAAUGGCAUCUGCAGGGCUACCAGGCAGGUUUUUGACCACAAAGUGCCUGGGCUGAUUUUUGUCCAACAUCGGUCUUUGCUUGUGCCUCCUUAGGAAGUCCAAGCACGUGGUGAGCCCUCGCAGUCGCCCUGCAACCAGAUCAUGCUUCUAUAAUUAGCCUCAUUCAUUCUUCCCAAGGGGGAGGGGUUGCCCACCACACGAACCCCAUAUGCGGUAGUGGAUGUAAAGAUACCAGGUGUGCUUAAUGACAUCAUGCGAUUACUAUUAUUAGCAUUGUGAGGCAGUGUCAAACAUGGUGUUUGUUGCUUUAUUACGCAAGUGGCCAUGACCCACCCACCCAGCACCAACGCGCAACUGUCCCCCUUACAGGCCCCCGGCCUUUUCUUGGAAUCACUCGCCUUUUCCUGUAUGCUGCCGCUUCUGCAGUGUUUGCACCAGAUAACCGGCAGCACCUCUUAUCUGGAGUCCGGGACGUGGGUGGCCCGGGUGUGCUGCCCCAUAACAUGCGCAGUCUCAUGCCGCCCACGCCUGCUCCAGACCCCUAAUUUUUGUUUUCUUUUGAGUGGGCUUUUAAAUUUGACUGUUUAAUUUCACAUUUAUGCUUUCGGAAGAAUCAAGUUGUCAUUUCUGUUUGGACCCUAAAAGCUAAUCCCCCUGUUUGGGGAAAGUUCUGGUCACUUUUUGGAGUUUAUUUUUAUUUUAUUUUCUUCUGUUCUUAGUCACCCCUUCCCUUUCUGUGCACCUUUGCACCCUGAGGGGUCAGUCACAUUUUGUCGCUUAGGAAUGUAAAUAGGCUAACAAGCGCUUGCUCAGGGAUUGAACUUCCCCGCCCCCUUUUUGUUUUUGUUUUUUGGGGGGAGAGGGAGCAUGAAUAAUUUUCAAGCCCCCUCCCAACUAGGAAAGACUUGUUUGCGGCGUCGUUCAGGUAGCCGUUAUUGGCAGAAUGCUUCACGGUCUUCAAAAUGAGUGUUGUUUGGGGAGCUGUGAGCAACAAGGCCUUGUUUGGCUUGUGUCAAAGUUCAGAUCAAUAGGUCGUGCCUUAUCAUUAGUGUUUUGGCAAUGAUUAUUAUUUGUUUAUAAAGAUGCCAAGAAGAGGGGGACGGGGAUAAGAAAGCACGCGGCCUGUGUUUGUAUUUGCGCUAGUUGCCUCUGACGGUGUCUGUAUGUCAGCCCGUCACCAGGGAUAAACAACCUUCACAUGAGGGUGAAGUGCCUUUUUGUUUGUUUGCUUUUCAGGGCUCCUUUCUGCUGUUAACUCGUCAGUGUUAGAUUUUUGGCGCUUCCGUUGUGCGUUUUGGCGCAGGUGGCGCCCUUAAGAAGUCUUGUUGAGCUCACAAAGUAGUGGUGGUGGCGGAUGCUCAGUGGCCUCGUGCCAUGAGAACGUUCUCAAGAAAAAAAAAUGUAAUUUUUGCAGCAUCAGGUUGAUGCCUGAAAGAAAAUGUGUGAGUGAGGGAAUGCUGAUUGACAUUUACAUGAAAUGUCAAAGUCGCACUUAACAUUUUUGGAAAGAGAAAAAGCUUUUUGUCGCCGUGGUAACUACGAUGACUGAGUUCUUUUUUUUGUUUUUUUUUCCUAUUUGUCAGCACUUAGACCUCAGUUGACUUUUUCAUUUUUGGAAAUGUUCACAUGUAGCAGGAAAAUGUGUUUGAAGAGAAAAUGAUGAAUAAAAGAUAUUGAACGCAA